AUGCAUAGCUGUAGGUAUGACUCUGGAAGAAUGGCGUUUGCUCGGUCUGCUCUGCUGGUGCUGGUCGCGGUGGCUGCUUUCACCGCCGUCAGCGCACAGAACGCAACGGCCCCUGCCCCUGCAGCAGCAGCACCCGCUACCGCCGCUACCAAGUACAAUGCCACUCUGGUCGGCCAUGCUCUCAUCCCGGCCAACACAUUCCAGGCGCCCCCUGCUGACGCGCCUGCGCAGCUCAAUGUCUCAUGCAAGUAUUGCAGCGGGACCAACGGUAACCGUAGGAUUGACACCCUCGGGGCCUUUGUCGGAACCGACGGCAAUGGCACCGUUGUGAGACCGACCGGCCUGUCGUACCCGUUCGUUGGCCAGCCGCUACAAGGGCUCUCGGGGAUCAAGACCCUGGGCAAUGGGACCUACCUUCACUUGCAGGAUAACGGGUUCGGCAACAAGCCAAACUCGCCUGAUCUCAUCCUCCAGGCUUACGUCACCCAGCCCAACUUUGGCGCCGGGAACGUCACCCUCCUCAAAACAAUCUUUUUGAACGACCCAGACAAGAAGGUGCCCUUCCUCAUCAAGAACGAAUACACGUCCAAGCGCUACCUGACCGGCUCCGACUUCGACAUUGAGUCCAUCCAGCCGGUUGGUACCAGCUACUGGUUCGGUGACGAGUUUGGUCCGUACCUCCUGGAGGUCAACGCUGCGGACGGCAAGGUCCUUAACUUCUACGACACCGUGGUACCCGGACUCGGCGCCGUGCGCAGCCCCGACAACGACAAGCUCAUUCUGCCCAACCCCGACGCGUCGCUCCCUGUGUACGAGCUGAAGCACUCAAAGGGUUUCGAGGGCAUGGCUCAGUCGCCCGAUGGCCGGUACCUUUACCCCCUGCUGGAGGGACCGCUCUGGAACUAUACCGCCAAGACCUACGAGAAGACGCCAGCUGGCAAGGAGUUCCUUCGCAUCAUGCAAUUCGACCUCAGCAUCCGCAACUUCACGUCCACGACCUACAAGUACCCCCUAGAAACCAACGGCAACGCCAUUGGUGACUUCAACAUGGUUGACGCCACCCGGGGGAUGAUCAUCGAGCGCGACAACGGGGCGGGAGACAGGGCGAAUGCGUGCACCCCGGGGACCACCACCACCAACUGCUUCGACACCCCCGCUCUGCUGAAGCGCAUCUAUAUGAUCAACCUGAACAACACGGAUGCGGACGGUUUCUUAGUCAAGAACUCGUACAUCGAUCUUCUGGACAUUGCGGACCCCAACGCCGUUUCCAGGGUUCCGUUGGUGGGCGGUCGCUUCACCUUCCCCUUCGUGACCAUCGAGAGCGUGGACGUGUCCAACGCCACGGCAGGCCAGAUCAUCGUUUGCAACGACAACAACCUGCCCUUCUCCGCGGGCCGUGUCCCUAACCAGGUGGACAACAACGAGUUCAUCAUCCUGAGCGUCCCCGAGUUCCUGCGGUCCAACGCCGGCGGGAGUGUGAUCUCCUCAUAGAGCGCGCCCGCUUAUGAUCAGUGCGACGCUCCUUUGGAAUCUUCAUGGACGCGGUUUCGAUCCGGAAAGGGUUCGAUAUUUAUGUAUGUCUAGCUGUCAGGAGUGAAAUCGAGCUAUGCUUCUCCGGCCUGGUUCAUCGGUCGAGCUUGAGUGCAGAGAGUGCAGAGAGCCAUGGUUUUCGGGUAUACUUAGAAAGGUUUUUGACGGGUUACCAAGCUCACAC